UUUCUUCUGCUGAUCGUGUUGUUCCUUGAUACGACUGAGUACCGUCUAUUUGCAACAAUAUUUUGUCAUGUCACUGAUUAAUAAUUAUGUAUGUCGGUGUCGAUUAUGAUUAUUUAAUCGUAAAUGUUGGAAACAUUGACGCUUGCUUCCUAAUCACAGUAACAAUGGAAAGUUACAACCACGAACUCAUCUUGAAAUUUCUAGCAAAGUAUGAUUGGGUUUAUAAUUUUCAACUUACAAAGUUCUUUGUGGACAGAGUGUGGGAAAACAUUCCAAACGAGUGGUGUGAUGUACUACUAGAUCUGUCAACAGAAGAUCUCAACAAAUUGCCUUAUGGAGAAAUCAGGGACAAAUGGCCAGACUCUCUGAAAAAUUUCAUCAGAACAGCCUUGACCUUGUCCCUACCUAGGUCACCAAGGAAAGGUACAACUUCUGUUACCAUUGACCAUGAAAUGCAACGAGGCAUGACACCAAAGAAACAACAUGAAGUGACGUUGAUGUCAUCAGUUGUGCAUGAUGUGGCACGCAGAGCUGACUGUGACGUCAUCCUGGAUAUCGGGUCGGGACUGGGAUACCUGGGACAAAUACUGCAAAAACAGUUUGGUUACAGAAUCAUUGGAUUUGAGAGUAAGCAGUGUCACACCUCUGGGGCGGAGAAGAGAGUCUGUCAUACAGAUCACAAUAAUGGAAUACAGAAUGUGACUUUUGAGCUGGAAAAAGGUCAAGAAAAUAGGGACAAGUUUUCAGAACUGGUUUACAAUACAUGUCAUGUAAAAGGUCAGAGCAUCGCCACCGACAAGUCUGUGAGAAAACCAGAAACGUGUAUAAACAGUGAGAAUGAUGGGAAAUGUGACGACGAUGUAUGUGAUAACAAAACAUUUGUACAGAAUAUUUCAGGUUCUGAUGAUUUGGUUUUGAAACAACCAGACGGUGAUGAUUUGGUUUUGAAACAACCAGACUGUGAUGAUUUGGUUUUGAAACAACCCCUAUCAGUGACAGUUGAAGGUCGUAGAUGUGAUGAAGAUUGUGUGAGUAAUGUAUCAACAGGCUAUCUGGAGUCCUGUCAGAAAUGUAAAUAUAAUUCUCAGCAUGAAGGCCACACAAUCGUAAUAAAAAAUCCUUAUUUUGAGCGAUGCAAGGCAUGUGACAUUGAAAUUGACAAUUUGACAUUGAAACAACCGGCAGAGUUUUCCGAUGUUUGUAGCUCUUGUCAGCAAAAUAGAAAUUUAGAAACGCAAGUUCAGGUUUUGAGACAUUCCCCAGAUUUCAAUGGUGGAUGUGAGUGUGGUGAUGACAUGGUUGACAAAGCAUCAGAUCCACAGUCGACCUUGACACAACCGGUGAAGCCCUUGACCUUGACCUCACCAAGGGCUCUUAUGAUUGGUUUACAUUGUUGCGGUGACCUCACGCCUACCAUGAUGGAGUAUUUCCGGUGUCUGGACUUCGUCAGAGGACUGUGCUGUGUCAGCUGCUGUUAUCACAGAAUGAAGGUCAAAGCCACAAAUGAGAUCCCAUUCAACUUCCCAAUGACUGCAGCAACGGCUAAAAUCUACCAGAGACUCAGGGGAGAUAACCCAGGCUGGAGCCUCAGUACAUUUGCUAUGCGAUUAGCUGCUCAGGAGACCAGGGGUCGCUGGGGUCAGCAGACAGCCAAAGAUCAUGAUUACCACACCAAGAAUGUAGGAUACCGAGGAAUUCUGGAGUUGUACACCCAUACAAAAUCCCAAAGUUGUGCGAAGGUGUUCAGAAAGAUAGCAAGAAAAUCAGACUUUUCCUCGUUCACAGCCUACAUUGAUGCGGCCAGUAGUCGUCUUGGUCACCAAGCGGGGCUGGAAUCAGGUAUAGACAGGGAAGAACUGAACGGCCUGUUUGAGAAAUAUAAAGAUAAGAUGAAGUAUAUUGAGCCUUUGACAGCACUCCAGUAUUUGUUACAGCCGGUGUUAGAGGGACUGAUCAACACAGACCGAGCCCAGUAUUUACACGACCAUGAUAUUACAGCUGAAAUCGUACCAAUCUUUGAUGAAAUUAUCUCCCCUAGAAAUUUAGCUUUAAUAUCUGUGAAAUAAUGUCUUGUGAGCGUUUGUAAUGCAAUAUUAACUCUUUUGAAUAACUAUUAAAUACAUUUUCUCAAAAAUUAAUACAACUGCUAUUUUGGUUCAACAUGAUUGAACCAUUUUGAAUUUUGAUUGUGUUUCUUAAUCUAUGAAGUUUCCAAGGCAGCCAAAGAAUUUCAAAUAUGAUUUUAUUUUGACUUUUUGUUGUUACUUUUAGUGAAGAUCAAAAUGAGAAAGAAAUCAAACCUUAUCUCAUUCUUGAGUAUUGUUCACAUGUGGUAAAAUUAAUUUCAAACCAUAUUUUGUGUUUAACUGUAGUUGCCUCUCAUAUAUAGUUCAAGUUAAAAAUUAACUUUGAAAACUUGUUUUUGACAAUUAUUAUUUUUAAGCGCUGUUUCUAAGCAACUCCGCAUGAAAGUUACCAAUGGUCCCUAGUGACGCUAAUCAAAUAUUGAGACUGAUCAGAAAACCAAGACGGCCAAAAGGCAGAUUUUCAGAAAUAACAGGAAGGAUCUAUCUAAAACUGUAUAUUUAUGUUCCUAUUGGUCUCUUGUUGUGCAUGUAAAUUUCGAUCUGAAAACCGCGAUUACCAAAAGGCGGCUAUCUCGGAUUCAAAAAACAAAGGGUUCUCGUUAUUUCACAGAAACUACUGGAGGAAACCUUCUACAAUUUGAUAUGUAAUUUUAUCUUGGUUUAUAGUUUUACAUUUUUUUUUGGAGACCAAUUUGAAAAAUAAAAUGGCCUAGAGGCAGUUUUUGUUCACCAGUAUGAUGUAUACAGCUGUAAAACCAGUUAUAUUCAUAAAGUUAAAAUACUUGAACUGCUUGCUUUAUGCUGAAGAAAAGCCAUUCAAAAAAAAAUUCUCAAUUAAGAUCAGAAAUACCUGUUAAUCCGUAGUUACUACUCCUGCUUAACGCUCCUUAAUUUAGGAGUGGGACGACUGGUUCGCCUGUUGUCAGUGUAAUGUGACCGGGUGAGGUGUCCUGCUGGGUGUCUUCAGCAGUAUGUUUCAGUGGGGUAGCACUAUAAGGUCUGCAUAUAUUCCGCACUAUUACAAGGAGACAUACAUGAACAGAUUGCAGCCUCCCAAAACACACCCAUGCAUCUUACACACAGGGGAGGCCAGCCUUAAAUGACCAUAACUGUUGAUAGGAUGUUAAACAAUAAUAAACCAAACCGUAGUUUAUAUCCUGAAAAGUAACUGCGUUUGAAUACAUGUAAAAUAAUUAACUUGUUUAUGCCAAUGAUUUGGUUUCGGUUUAUAGGGUUGAACGUCCUAUGAACAACUAAGGUCAUAAAUGGACAUGCCUCCAUGUAUGCUGUGAAAGCGUACAUGUGUAUAUGUGUGCUGGAGACAGGGUAUGUUGGUGUAUUUGCCUCCUUGAGCUAGCGCGGGUCUGAUGCCGACUUUAUAGUGCUAUCUCACUAAAUAUCAUGCCUAAUGAACCAGUUGUUGGCAUUACCCUGAAUGCUGAACGUUAAGCAGGGAAUACAACUAUCAGUUGACUUUGUAAUGUCCAGGCGUGGUAACAGAACCCACUGCCUUCGCUUUUUUGUUACCAAGUAGAGGGCCAAAUGCUGCAUUUUUUUUUUAUUAGUCGCAUCGUACGAUCAUGCAGUUGUUAACUCUCUCACUCCCCAAAUUACAGGGGUGGUUGCUUCCUCGCGUUCACUGUUAAGUGAAUUUGGCAGUAUAUCUCCUGUCCAUAUCUCAUUCAAGUUGAUUACAAACUUUGUUUAUUUACUAAUAUUUAUUGCGUACAUAUUUGUAUCAGCCUUUUUAAGUCGUGAUUCAAACUGAAAUUGUCACAUUUAAUCAUUUAUAACCUAACAUUUGUAUGUGCACUUUCAUGUAUAUGCAAGGUACUUAUGUAACUGUUGGUCCACAUCUGAGAUUGUCUUUCAGACCAAAUAUAUUUCAAAUAAACCUCUUUG